AUGGACUCACUCACCACAUUCGCUUGGAAGCUUAAGGUGGCGCACGCGCCUCAUCGUAUAAAGGAAGGGAGCGUGGAUAGAUGCGAGCCAGAUGAUAUGGAGAAGGAAAGGCACACCAUCUUCCUGAAUACUCUUUCAUGGACUCUGGACGGGGUCGUCGAAUAUCAAAAAUAUAUUGACGACCUGAUCAACAACCAUCAUGGGUCUCCUGGAAGAGACCUGAGUUACAACAGAGGUUCGAAAGGAAGCUUGAGCGAAAUUAUGGCCUUUUAG